GGGGUCCGCGCGCCAUAGUCCCCACGUCCACCGAGCGAGGCGAGACGAUGAGGGUCUUGGCGUUCCUGGGCGUCGUCGCGCUGGUGGCCGCGGCCGCAGCAGCGACGGGCGGCAAGUCGAGCAGUUCCUCAGGGCUGACCUUCUCCAAGAUCAUGACCUACGCUGAGGUGGCGGCGUACUUGCGCGCGCUGCAGAGGGCUCACCCCAGGGUGGUGCGGGUGGGCAGCGUGGGCCGCUCCGUGGAGGGCCGCGACAUCCCCUACGUGCGCGUGUCCGCCAGCCUCGACGCCAAGCAGAGCAAGACCCCCGUGAUGCUGGUGGACGCCCUGAUGCACGCCCGCGAGUGGGCGACCCUCCCCGCCGCCCUCUACUUCCUGCAGCAGGCCGUCGAGCACGUCGACAAGGGCCUGGACGUGGUGGUGGUGCCCGUGCUCAACCCCGACGGCUACGAGUACUCGCGCACCAAGGACAGACUCUGGCGGAAGAACCGCAGCAAGAAGUACGACAAGAAGUGCGUGGGCGUGGACCUGAACAGGAACUUCAACUUCCACUGGGAAGACUUCAUGAUGUCGGGGGACGGCGCCAGCGACGACCCUUGCGAUGAGGCCUUCGCCGGCGGGGAGGCCGCCUCCGAGCCCGAGACCAAGAGCUACCAGGCCUUCGUGAAGGCCCUCAACAAGGACAAGAGGCUCAAGACGUACGUCAACCUCCACAGCCCCUCCAAGGCCAUCUUCGGGCCGUGGGGCUACUCCUCCUUCGCGCCGACUGUCCCCGACGAGGCCAAGCUGGAGAAAAUCGAGAAGGAGGCGAACGCGGCGAUGGUGAAGGCGGGCUCCAAGUCGUACACCAUCAGCAGCAUGGCGGCAGACUACGCGUCGACGGGCGCCGUGACGGACUGGGUGCGCGGCGUGGCGGGGGUGAAGCAGUCCUUCUGCCUGGAGCUGCCCCCCGGCGCCACGCACGAGGGCUUCGGCGUCAACGACGCCGACAUCCUGCCGCUGUCGCGGCGCGCCUUCGAGGGCCUCAAGGUGUUCGCCCGGUACGCCAAGAAGCCCCUGUCGCAGUAGCGCGGAGCGUGGCCGAAGCGCGGAGCACCAAUAAACCGUUCGGCUUUCGA